UUUCAGCUGAAAACGAAAGAUUCAAAAACAAGAAAAAUACUUCGCUUUCCUUUCUUGAUUCCUUUAAGCUCUCUGGGAGGGUUUAGGGUUUCACUUACUCUGCUAAAAAGAAAGACACCCAGAAAGAGAACCUGAACAAGAAGAUUGGAUUUAUAUGGAGAAUAGUGCCAGAACUGGGUUACAUGACUUUAAUUUGGCGUCAAGAAAAGCUGAAGAAGCAGCUUCGAGGCGGUUUCAAGCAGUUGCGUGGCUUGAAAGCUUAGUUGGGCCUCUUGGUAUAUCAAGGAAGCCGUCAGAAAGAGAGUUCAUUUCUUGCUUGAGAAAUGGUCUCAUUCUCUGCAAUGCUAUUAACAAAAUCAAUCCAGGCGCUGUAGCCAAGGUUGUGAAGAACAUUUCAUAUAUACAAUCAUUCAGCCGGGAACCUCAACCUCCACCUGCCUAUCAGUACUUUGAGAAUGUACGGAACUUUUUGGUGGCAGUCGAAGAGUUGAAGCUGCCAGCUUUUGAAGCUUCUGAUCUUGAAAGGGACAAUUUGGAGGUGGGUUCAGCAGUGAAGGUUGUAGAUUGCAUAUUAGCCCUGAAAUCAUAUCAUGAAUGGAAGCAAAUGAACUGUGGAAACGGUCCUUAUAAGCAAGCUAGGUCUCCAAUGGUUACGCAUUCUGCUGGUGGCUCUUCACAAGCCUCAGCAACAAUCACAUCAGACUCUUGCAGGCGCUUGGACAUGUCUGCAGCUUGUGAGAAACAGCUACCUACAAAUGACGAAAAUCAGAAACUUGAAGAUUUAGUUGUCAAGGUGCUUGCUGAAUAUAUGGUUGGCGCAAAGGAAAACAUUGGCAAAAAUCUUUUAUCUUCCUUUUGUAAAGGAAGUCAGGAUUCAUUUAAGUUAUUUAGCAUGAUCCUUUCAAGUUGUUCAGAAGAAUUUAAAACUGAGCUGAAACCAGUUUUUGAAGGGGCUUUGAAAGAAAGUAGAAGUAUCUCACAGUUUCCCUUAACAUCUUCAUCCCCAAAGGUUUUGUCUGUAUUAGAGAAUUCUCAGAGUCACAGAGCAUGCAUGAGAACAGGCAACUGCAACCACAGGCAGUUACUGAAAAUGCAAGAAAAAGAACUUCUGGAUCUCAAGGUCUUGCUGUCAAGAACUAAGAGUGAGUUUAAAGACUUACAGUCACAGCUGCUGAAUGAUUUGACAAAGCUCGGAAGUCAGGUACAGGAGAUGUCUACUGCUGCUCUUGGCUAUCACAGGGUGUUGAAUGAGAACAGGAAGUUGUACAACAUGGUUCAGGAUUUGAAAGGGAAUAUUAGAGUUUACUGCAGAAUUAGACCUGUCUUCAGAGAUGAUGCUAAAAGUACAAUAGAAUAUAUUGGGAAGGAUGGUUCGCUGGUUAUUUUAGACCCAUCAAAGCCCCAGAAGGAUGGAAGGAAAGUUUUUCAGUUUAAUCGUGUUUUCAGUCCCACAGCUACGCAAGAUGACGUAUUUAAAGACACCCAACCCUUAGUUAGAUCAGUGAUGGAUGGUUAUAAUGUAUGCAUUUUUGCAUAUGGUCAAACUGGAUCUGGCAAAACACAUACUAUGAGUGGUCCAUCAAAAGGAUCAAAGAAGGACAUGGGGAUCAAUUAUCUGGCUUUGGAUGAUCUCUUUCAGAUAUCAAAUGAAAGGAAGGAUACGAUAAAUUAUGACAUUCGUGUUCAAAUGGUAGAGAUUUAUAAUGAACAAAUACGGGACCUUCUUGCUGAAGAUUCAUCAACCACCAAAUUAGAGAUACGAAGUUGUGCUACUGAAAAUGGGCUGAGUCUUCCAGAUGCCACAAUGCAUUAUGUGAAGUCCACAGCUGAUGUUCUUCAUCUAAUGAAACUUGGAGAGGUGAAUCGUGCUGUUAAUUCAACUGCAAUCAAUAACAGAAGCAGUCGUUCUCAUAGUAUAUUGACUGUACACAUCCAUGGCAAAGAUAAAUCCGGAAGCAUUCUUCGUAGCUGCCUCCAUUUGGUAGAUCUUGCAGGAAGUGAAAGGGUGGACAAAUCAGAUGUUACUGGUGACAGGCUCAAGGAGGCACAGUAUAUCAACAAGUCUCUUUCUUGUCUGGGAGAUGUAAUCAUGGCCUUGGCUCAGAAGAACUCCCACAUUCCUUACCGUAACAGCAAGCUCACUCUUCUCCUGCAAGAUUCCUUGGGUGGACAUGCUAAAACUUUAAUGUUUGCUCAUGUAAGUCCGGAAGGGGAUUCUUUCGGGGAAACAGUCAGUACUUUGAAGUUUGCUCAGAGGGUUUCGACUGUUGAACUUGGUACUGCACGAGCAAACAAAGAGAGCAAUGAGGUUAUGCAACUCAAAGAACAGGUUGAAAAUCUUAAGAAAGCAUUGGCAAACAAGGAAGCUCAGAAACCAAUAGCAAAGACUGAACUUACUCCUCCAAGCACCCGGAGACUCAGCAUUGAGAGUGGUAGCACUGUGAAGACCAAGAAAGUGAUGAAUUCUGAACACAAAAAGAGAACAAAAACCCCUCCUGUCGCAACUCGUGCAAGGAGAUUAAGUUUAGAAGGUCCGAGAUAUGUUUCGAAGGAUAACAUUCAGAUAAAGUUAUCUGAUGGUGUGAAUGACCACAUACCCUGCGAGGCUGUGUCAAUACGAAAUUAUGGUCAGUUUCAAGAUGCUGAAGCAGUUUCAAAAUCGUAUGGACAUUUCAGCAGCAAUGGUAGUUCUGCAAUGGAUAUGUGUCCUACUAGGGCACCGAGGAGCCCUACUAGUUUGUCCUGUCAAAAACAAGUAAAAGCUGAUAGGACACAUAUUCCUUCUCUUCAGCAACCAAAGACACCUGAGCCGCAAUUAUUUUCUAGAAAUGAGGUUCAAAUUUCAAUGCAGAGUGAAAUCAAUCUUUCAACAGAAUCUCGGACCAAAAAUGGGAAAGGAUCUCAAAUAAGGAAAUCCCUUCGAACAAUCGGAAAAUUCAUUAAUGGCAGCGAAAAGAGGAACCAGCAGAACUUGACAGAAGCAAAAUCACUUGGCAACUUGAUUGAUAGCCAAACCGGCGAUGGCAAGUCACCACUGACAGCAAAUUCAAGGUCAAACAAGAGGCAAUCACUUACUGGCAUUCAAACACCUGGAUCCCGGAGAUCUUCUCUGGGAGGGAAACCAAUUGAACAUUCUGUUGCAAAUGACACGAGGAAGGCAAAGACACCACCUCCAGUCCACCCAUCAAGGAAGACAGUGAACCGUUGGGUGUAGAUCAUAGAACACUAAGCUUAGAAUAACUGCAGUAGAGCUUUGACUCGAAGCACACUGACUUAUUGACAGUGAGUUUUAGAACACAGUCCAACAGUACGAGAAUGGAAGAGAGAAGACUUGUCAAGUGACGGAGCAAUAGCAAAAGAAAGGAAGAGAGAAGACUUUCCCGACUGAGUGAGCAACAUGUUCAUGAAUAUAAGUAGAAUGCAGAUUUGACUGAUUGAUAUUUCAUUUGCUGAAAGAAUGCUUUUUCAUAUUACUUUCUUAAUAAUAAAAAAAAAGCGCUGGAUUUGAUUAA